GUUGAGGAUCAAGUGUUAACCAAUGUGCUGGAUUUGGCACUUGCUAACAAGGCUCAAGCAAACCGGGGACCACCAGUGAAUCCAGGAGGAAGCAACGGACCCUUUCCCGCAUUCCCAGGAGCUCACGCAAAAUCAGAUCUCGCUCAGGAACAGGAAAUUGUGGCUCAAAUGGAGGGCGUCAAUCUGUCUGGAGGAUCAAGAGCAGGACCACGGGGUCCAAGUGGUUCCGGUCCACAACGAGGACCUGGACCGAUGCGCCCCCCCAAUGGGUAUGGAGGACCUUUGAGUCCCCCUCGAGGACCCCCGCAACCACAUCGUGGUCAGGAGUACCCCGAUCAACGGCGUGGACCUCCUCCUGGACCCCCCGGGCCUCUUGGACCUGGUUAUGGACAGCAGCCCGGUGGAUACGGAGACGAAAACUUUGGGCCUCCAGGACGCAGCAUGACAAUGCCAGCAAGAGAACCAAUGGAUAUGCGCCAUCCAGGACCUCCUCCACGGCGUGAUAGUGCUCCUUAUAACGGGCCGAUUGGACCCGGUGGACGUGGGGGUGGUAUGCCACAGAGACCGAGCACUGCGCAAAGCAUGCGCGCACCACGAGGUUAUCCUCCCGUCGACGCCCCUCCUUUACCUCAGAACAAUUUCCAAGAUGCUCAGUACAGGAAUCCUCCCGAUUCGGGUUAUGGAGGCCCAGGUCCAGGUCAGGGUCAGGGUCAGGACCGUCCUGCGUCUGUCGAUGACUUUUACGAUUAUUAUGGCACCAAUGAAGAGUAUCCGGCUCAGAACCCACCAUCAGCAUCGGCUCGAUCAGAACUCCCAGACUUUGAAUCCAUACGCCAACAACCGCCAAGGAACUCGUUCGAUCAGCACAUGCAGCAUGGACUACCAGAGCAGCCUCGAAACGGGCCGGGUCGACAGCCUGAGGUUAGCAGAGCCAAAUCUCAGCCUGAUCUGCGUAACUCGCAAACUGCUGUGUUCGAAAUGGCGGGCGAUAUCCCUCCUCUCCCUACACAAAGACAACCACCGCAGCAGCUAGGCCCACAUCAACAAGGCUCGUUCGAUGGGCCCCCGAACUUCUCACGAGGUCCUGGUCCAACACAAACCGGAUCACCUGGGCCUGGCCACCUACCACCUGGUCCAACUCCAUACAGGCCAGGACAGUCGCCUCUUACACAAACUGGCAACAGUAGUGACAGUCUACCUUCGCAUCCUGCACCCGUCCGUCCUGGGCAUAUGGCUGGAUCUAUGGUGAAUUUGGGUGACCGUCCUCCACCAGUAAGGAAUUAUAGUGGGGUAAACAACAACAACGGUAUACCACCAUAUGGAGGCAACACGCCCACACCGCCUGCAGGAGGUUAUCCUCCCCAGCAACCUCAGGGUCAGUUUGGCGGUAACCAAACACCUGCUCAGCCAGCUGGUAACCCACCUCCAGCAAAGCCCGUGGAGGAGCCCGUGACAGUACAAGAACUUGAACACCUUCGAGCAGUGAUCAAGAACGAUGCAAACGAUCAAGCAUCGGCUCUUCGUCUCGCCAAACGUCUGGUGGAAGCGUCGGACGUGCUUGUCCCCAACCUCCCAGACCCCAAGGCUCGCGCCCGAUCACGCGAAAGAUUCCUAGUUGAUGCCAAUAAGAUUCUUCGCAAACUCGAGAAAGCCAACAACCCCGAAGCGAUGUUUUUCUUGGCCGACUGUCUUGGCCGUGGUCUGUUUGGCAGCGAGCCGGAUAAUGCUCACGCUUUCUCGCUCUACCAGUCAGCAGCCAAACUCGGCCAUGCAGCAGCAGCCUACCGCACGGCCGUGUGCUGCGAGAUUGGCAACGACGAAGGAGGUGGCACCCGCAAGGACCCAGUCAAGGCCUUCCAGUGGUACAAGCGUGCAGCUACUCUGGGUGACACCCCAGCCAUGUACAAGGUCGGCAUGAUCCUGCUCAAGGGACUGCUUGGUCAACCGCGCAAUCCUCGCGAGGCAAUCAGCUGGCUUAAGCGCGCUGCUGAGAGAGCCGACGCCGAGAACCCGCAUGCACUUCACGAACUGGCGCUGCUUUAUGAGAGCGCGGAGCCGAAUGAUGUGAUUAUUCGGGAUGAGGCAUAUGCUUUCCAGCUGUUCAAACAAGCGGCAGAGCUGGGUUACAAGUUCAGUCAGUUUAGAUUGGGGUGCUGUUACGAGUAUGGGUUGUUGGGGUGCCCGAUUGAUCCGCGGAUGUCGAUAAUGUGGUAUUCGCGUGCGGCGAUGCAGGAGGAGCACCAGAGCGAGCUGUGCUUGUCGGGAUGGUAUCUUACUGGAAGCGAGGGGGUGCUGCAGCAGAGCGAUACUGAGGCGUACCUGUGGGCGAGGAAGGCGGCGAUGGCGGGGCUGGCCAAGGCAGAGUAUGCGAUGGGGUACUUCACCGAGGUGGGGAUCGGUGUUCAGGCCAAUAUGGAGGAUGCGAAAAGAUGGUACUGGAGGGCUGCUGCUCAGGAUUUCCCCAAGGCGAGGCAACGGUUGGAGGAUCUGAAGAGGUCAGGCAAGAAUAGUCAACCGAGGGCGAGAGAGAGGAUAUCGAGAAGUAAGGUUGGGAAGCAGCAGGAGGGGGAGUGCUUGGUGAUGUAG